CACACUGGUGACCAUGAGUGACUCCACAGAAGCAAGGAUGCAGCAGCUGGGUUCCGCUGAGGAUGAAGAGUGGAUGGUCAGUGACACCAGGUGUUCUAAUAAAAGCUCCAGACUACGACCACAUUCUGGAACCAAGAGUUUAGCAGGAUGCCUGGGACGUGGCCAAAUCCCCUUGGUCCUACACUUGCUUUCCUUCCUGUUCGUGGCUGGACUCCUGCUGAUCAUUCUUGUCAAAGUUUCCAAGACCCCAAAUACCCAGGAACAAGAGGAUUCUAAGCAUGAAGAGAUCGUCCAGGAACUGACCCAGCUAAAAGACCAACUCUGUGAGUGUCCUCAAAACAGAAUGGGGUCCAUAAAACAGAAGAUCCCCAGGGACCCCAUGCAGGUCAUGACAAACAGUAGGUAUUUAAUAAUGGCAGUUCUUUAUUUUCUUGGCACAAUCUCCCAAGGGCGGAAUGAGUCCUCGCAGAUCUCUGAGCAACUGAUGCGGAUGAAAGCUGAACUCCUUUCCAGUAUCCUUAACAUCCAGGUACAGAACCAUUCUAAGCAGGAAAAGAUCUACCAGCAACUGGUACAGAUGAAGGCUGAACUCUUCCGCCUGUGUCGCCCCUGCCCCUGGGACUGGACGUUCCUCCUAGGAAACUGUUACUUCAUCUCCAAGUACCAGCAGAACUGGAGCAGUGCUGUCAAGGCUUGCCAAGAAGUGGAGGCUCAGCUGGUCAUCAUCCAAAGGGAUGAAGAGCAGAGCUUCCUGCAGCAGACUUCCAAAGCUAAAGGAGCAACCUGGAUGGGGCUGUCAGACCUGAAGAAGGAAGGCUCGUGGCUCUGGGUGGAUGACUCACCUCUGUCAUCCAGAUUCCAGAAGUAUUGGAGUAGAGGGGAGCCCAACAAUAUUGGGGAAGAAGACUGUGUAGAAUUCACUGGGGAUGGCUGGAAUGACGCCAAAUGUGACCUCCAAAAGUUCUGGGUCUGCAAGAAGUCUGCAACUCCAUGCACUGCCAGCUGA